CGUUAGUUUUGAAAAAUUGUUUAGAAUUUAAUAAUAAUGUGAUAUAUAACCUGUAUCACUUCUAAUUUGCCAUAAUUGAAAGAUAGAUUUCUUAUUUAUCAAUAAUUUAAAACUUUUAUUUUAAUGUCAAAAUAAUUAUUAUUUGUAAUGAAGGAAAUAUUUAUUGCUAAUUUUAUUGCAUGUGAAAAAAGGUUUCAUGUUUAAUAAAAAAUAAUAUUGAAAAUUUAUUUUAAUUAAUAAUUUAAAAUAAUUAUCAAAUACAAUAUAAAUAUUUUAUCACCAUUUUAAAAAGUAGAUAUUUAUAUGUAUUAUUAGUAUUUUAACUAUUAGACAUAAUUGUAUUUUAAUACACAUGACUAAAAAGAAAUUCAUAUUGCAAUUUUAAUUUCUUUUAAAAAUGAUACGAACAUUUAUAUUCUUUGACUUGGAAACAACAGGAUUAAUAACAAAAAAUUAUAUGCCAAAAGUAACCGAGUUAUCAUUAAUAGCAGUAUCAAGAACUGCUGUGUGUAAUACUAAAGAUUUUUUACCAAGAGUUUUACAAAAACUUGUUUUACCAAUACAUCCAAAUUUGAAUCUUUCAAAAGAGAUUGAAACAUUGACAGGUUUAUCUAAUGAAAAUUUAUGUGAAAUUCAACAUUUCAACUGUGAUGUAUAUAAUUUAAUAAUAAAUUUUAUAAAUCGACAAAAAGCACCAACUUGUUUUGUAGCUUAUAAUGGAAAUAAUUUUGAUUAUCCCAUUUUUUUAUCAGAACUUAAAACAAUUGACAAGAGUUUCAGUGAAAAUAUUUUAAGUAUUGAUAUGCUACAGUUAAUAAAAGACUUCUUUUUACGUGAAGAACCAAUAAAAAAAAUGAACAACCAAAUUAAUAAUUCUUGUAAUAUUGAAGUUAGUACUUUAUUAAAUGAUGGUUAUGAUAAAAUUUUAUCCGAUGCAUUAGAUUCUAUUAUAAAUACAAAUGAUGAUAACAAAAAUGACACUUUUCUUAAAAUUGAGGAAACUACAUCUCAUUCUAAUAGUAUAUCUAACACUCCACAAACUAAUUAUUAUAAAAAAAUGCAAGAACUGAAUGAAAAAACACCUAAGAAUCAAAUUAUAAAAAUUCAACAUUCUGAUAAAAAUUUUCAGGACAGAAAAAGAAGUAUAAACGCAAGAAGAAAAUUAGAUUUUACAAAUAGUCGACCAAUAAAUUUUAAAUUAACUAAUGUUUGUAAGCAUAUUUUUGGUGCCGAGCCAGAAAAUGCACACAGUGCUGAAGGAGAUUGUCUUACAAUGAUUCGAUGUGCUAUUCAAUUAGGAAACUUUUUUGUAGAUUGGGCUGAUUCUAAUGCAAUACCUCUAAUUAAUCAUAUAAGUAAAUAAUAUUCAUUUUGAUAUAUUAAAAAUUCUUUUAUUAAUUUUUUUUUAAUAUAAAUAUAAUAUAAAUAUUUAACAAUAUAAAUAUAAUAUAAUAUGGAUAUUUUUAAAAUAAGUUAUUUUAUAUUUCAAAUUUUAUAUUGAAUACAAUAUAUUACAAAAAAAUAUUAAUUGAAAAGAUAUAAACAUAUAACAUAUGAAACAUUAAUAAAAUAAAUGUAUUAAAAAAAUAAAAUGUUUAAAAUUAAUUAACAUCAAUGUUUUAAUUUGAAAACAUUUUGAGUAUAAAAUUAAAUACAUUAAAAUUAUUAGAAAUAUAUAUUUGAAUAUAUAUUUAAAAAAUUUUUAAUAUUAAAAAAUAAAAAUAAAAUUAAUAAAAAAUUUUUAUUAUUAUGUAAAAAUAUUUUGAAAUAAAUCAAAUUAUUACGCAUGAA